AAAACCAGCCAUGGGACAGCAGGAGGCUCAGGUUGGCGCCAAGCCUGGAUGAGGUGCUGUGAACUCACAGAUGGAGCGUCCCCAGCGCCUCCUGCUCCUGCUCUCCCUGCUGUCCUACCCCUCGACCCAUGCUGGUGCUUUGAGGAGUCAGAUUGUCGGGGGGCAUGAAGCCAAGCCUCACUCCAGACCCUACAUGGCAGCCCUGAAGGUUUCCAGUCAUUUCUACUGCGGGGGGUUUCUGGUGGCCCCAGACUGGGUGAUGACCGCUGCUCACUGCAUGGGGGACAUCAGUGUCAUCCUGGGAGCUCACAAUUACCACAUCCCGGAGGCCUCCCAGCAGAUGUUUGCCGUUGAAAGCUACCAUCCGCACCCAGAAUACAACGCCAAUUAUGUGCCAUACAAUGACAUCCUUCUCCUAAAGCUGAGACACAAAGCCCAACUGAAUAAAUACGUCCAGGUGAUCCCUCUGCCCAAGAGCAGCAGCGAUCUCCCUGCGGACACCAAGUGCAUUGUGUCGGGAUGGGGCCUCAUUGACCAAGAGGUAGCAACUUACAAGCUCUUUGAGACCAACGCCACCGCCCUGAGCCGGAGGAAAUGUCUCCUGUUCUACCCAGAGCUCACCGACAGCAUGGUCUGCGCAGCCAGCUACCACAAGCUCAGUGACGUCAACCGCGGGGACUCCGGUGGCCCUUUGGUCUGCAACGGGGUGGCCCAGGGGAUCGUCUCCUACGGUUUCCAGUUCCCUCCCUCGGUGUACACUCGCAUCGCCCACUACCUGCCCUGGAUUCGAAAGACUAUGGGGCAGUGACCGGAGAGAAAGAUGCUACAGCUUCUCCGGCAUCUGCAUGCUGCAAGUCACUGGCUUUUCUCUCUCCCCCAGGUGUUACCUGGAACUGUAGGGAUAACAACGCAGGGCCCACCCAACUCCUCCUUUUGGGCUGCCCGUUUCUUUACAUUUAAAUGUCAUUAGUGGACCAGAACCACCCCCCAGGAAGAACAUACAAGGCUUAAUCCUGAGUCCCUCGCCAAAUUUUUACACCCAAACCUCCCAGGUUAGCCUCGGUGAGGAGGGAGUGAAAACAUGGCAAGGAACUCAGAUUUGGCCCAAAUGGAUCGGAACAAAGUUUUCCUCAGCCAAGCAGCCCCCUCCUGGUUCAGAACACACGUGAAUCCCACAAUGCUGGGGAGUGUUCCAAAGCACAUGGAUUGUGACGGGCUUCAGGCACCCAAUUUGAAGGCUUUUUUGGGGAAAUGCUGACUCAUCAAAACCCAAACUGGCUGUAGCUAAGGGCUAGCUUUGAGGACUGUUCCGAUAGAAGAUAUUAGGAUUUUUUUUUCUAGAUUGCAAAAACUGACUAUUUUGACAUUUUCUAGGUGGAUUGUUUCGGGUGUGGGGAUGAUGCCACUUUUCAUUUUGAAAUUUUAAUCAACUGAAAUGAAAGGAAAGGUACCAUUUAAAAAAGAAAGGGUUGAAAUCAAAUUUGAAAUGUUUUGAAAUUAACCAAAUACUUUCAGCUGACCAGAUCUGAUUUUUUUUAACUGCAGAUGAUCAGUUUGCAAAAAUUCACAAGAUUCCCACUUCUCACCCCAAUUUGAGAUGCCCCCCGCUGCCCCAUUCCUUCUGUGCCCCGGCAGCGCUCGAGUGUAACAAGCAAGUCAAUAAAUGAGCUUUUGCAUUUCAUAAAGUC